CAAGAAACAUGACAUUGUGGAGUGAAAUUAUUGUGAUAGUGUUGUGCUUGUUGUUAGCUACCAACAGUAAUGGUGCAAUAAGUACAAACAACGAUGUAAGGCAAAAAUUUCCUUAUGAUUUUGAGUUUGGCGUAACUACUGCGGCGUAUCAGAUCGAAGGAGCUUGGAAUAUUGAUGGUAAAGGCUGGUCAAUGUGGGAUCAUUUCGUUCAUACGAAAGCAGAUAAAAUAGUAGAUGGUUCCAACGGAGACGACGCAACAAAGUCUUACUAUUUGUACAAACGAGACGUCGAAAUGUUGAAAGAAUUAGGCGUUGACAGCUACAGGAUGUCAAUAUCGUGGUCUCGAAUACUACCAUAUGGUCAUGCCGAUUAUAUAAAUACACCUGGUGUGGCUUACUACAACAAUUUAAUAAACGAACUUCUAGCAAACGGGAUAACGCCCUAUGUGACGAUAUAUCAUUGGGAUCUACCACAGAAUUUGAACGAGCAAGGAGGAUGGCUGAAUGAAAAAGUAAUCGAAUGGUUCGGAGAAUAUGCCAGAGUUGCGUAUAAACUUUUUGGUGACCGAGUGAAGAACUGGAUGACUAUUAACGAACCUUUUAUUCACUGUUCAUUUGCGUUUGAGGUUGCUACACACCCUCCUGCAAUACCUACUCCCGGAGAGGGUUACUAUGAAUGCGGGAGAAAUAUUUUACUAGCACACGCUAGAGCGUACCACAUUUAUAAAGAUGAAUUUAAGGAAUCACAAAAAGGGCAAGUUGGUUUUGUCGGCAACUUAGAGUGGGGUAUUCCAGCCACAAAUUCUUCCGACGAUAUUCAAGCUGCUUUUGAUUAUAAAAUUUUUCAUAUUGAUCAUUUCGUGCAUCCCAUAUAUGCAAAAGAAGGAAACUAUCCUCUAAGAUUAAUAGAGAUAAUAGCAGAAAACAGUGCUAAAGAAGGUCGAAACUCAUCAAGACUGCGCCCUUUUACUAAGAAGGAAGUGGAGUACAUUAAAGGCACAGGUGACUUUAUAGGCCUUAACCACUAUGCCGCUGUGUAUGUGUCCAGAAAUUCAUCGCUGCAGGGACGUUUUCCCGUACCGUCUCUAAAAAACGAUAUGUAUUUUGUCACUUCUGCUAAUCCAUCUUGGCCUUCGCAUGGUUGGGGUCAUGAUUACGCGCCAGGGUUGUACCAUGUCCUUAUGUAUCUGAAAGAUAAAUAUGACGACCCCUUAAUUUACGUAACUGAGAAUGGGAUCUCAUCUGACGAUGGUUUAGUAGACGAUAUGAGGGCAGAUUAUAUAAGAAACUACCUAGGUGCUGUGUUGGAUGCAUUAAGGGAUGGUGUCAAUGUUAGAGGGUACUUCCCUUGGAGUUUGAUGGAUAAUUUUGAAUGGAUCGUGGGCUAUCAGUUAAAAUUCGGCUUAUACCAUGUGGAUUUGGUUGACAAAAACAGAACCAGGACACCAAAGAAGUCAGCACUGGUGUACAAAGAAAUCAUAAGAAGUAGAAUAAUCGAUUACGAUUAUAAUCCAGAUCCAUAUAAAUACACUUUUGGUGCUAAAAAAGACGACAAAGUAAGAAGUGCAUCUAAUGCUGUAUCCUAUAGUUGCGAAAUUGUUGUAGUUUUAUUGACGACACUUUUAAAUUUAUCAACAUUAAUUUAAUGGUUAAGCUCUACGGGCAUUAUAAAAUAGGUGAUUAUAGGCCAAGCAAUUCUCUAUUCAGUUUAUUGUUACAUUAUUAUUUAAGGCGUUUCAGAGGUUACGUUGAAUAGUAUCGUUGUACAUGCAAGUGUUGUGAUUUAAAUAUAUGUUUCACUGAUUUGCACCUGCUUUCCUUUGAAAUUAAAAAAACAAAAACUCAACA